CUGAAUCAAAUUGCCAAGAAGCCAGCCAUCAAGGAUUGAGGCAUCGAUUUCGAACACGGAUGAGAGAUUAGAUGAAGGCAGUCAGAGAGAGAGAUCAAACCACAGUCAUGCAGAAGACGGUAUUUCCGAAAUGAAGAGAGGUGAACACGGAAGAGAAAAUUUUUAUGGCAUUGUGUAAUUGUCGAAACGAAGAGAGGAUAGAAAUCGGUAUUUCUGAAAGUUCAUUAAACUACAGUAACACCGCUACAGUGACAAAAGCCAUCUCCUGCUUCUAAAAGCAAGGCACUGGCGGCUUUGGCUUUUCCAUCGAAAAAGCUCUGGCUUCUGGAAAAAGUUGAAGAGAAGCUAGUUUACCAAACGCGAGAGGUCGAGGCGCUUAUAAGCAGGGGAGCAAAAAAGCCCCCCCAAACGCAGCCUAUAUCGUUCUCCCACAAUCGUAUUAAUUGAAUGACUUAAAUAAUCAUCAAUUUGAUGCAAAGAUAAUCUUUAAAGAAUGAUUCAAAAAUUUAAUUAAACAGAUCCAUUUAAAAUAUUACAUUAUAAGAUGAGAAGAGGGAGAGUGUUGAAAAAUGAAUGAAACGCAACUACCUAGGCGCAGGAACUUAACAUGGAUGUUAAAAAUGAAUUUAAGGACAAUGUCGCUCUUCUAAAUUUAAUCAAGAUCGAUGUGAAUGCACGUGAUGAUCUAGGUAGGAUGUCGACUACAUGUGCCCAGUGCAGGUUGGCAGUUGGCGUUGGCUUGGCUUGUUUAUUUUUCUGAAAUGAAGACAGUAAGUACAAUUGACUUGAUUUAAUUUCUCGAGUCAAUGGACGUCCUAUAUCAUAUUGAAACUUGUAAGCUAUAGCCUAUAAGUCUAUAACAUAAGCUUUCCUCCAAGUCUUGAAAGACAUAAAGAAAGCCUUUGUUAAGUUCCUCAUUAAGCUCUAUAACUACCUCCUCCUGUUUCUCCAAGUGAUCAGCUAGAAAUGGGUGAAGCCCAAAGUUCCUGCGCCUGUGGCAGCGGUAGUUCGCUGUUCUUCUCACUCAUAAGCAUCUUUUUCAUCUGGGUCAUCGUCCUUCCCCGAAACCCUAAAAUCACAAUCACUGAUGCCCUUCUCACCCAGUUCAGUUUCACCAACACCACCACCAACAGCACCCUCUACUACAACCUUGCCUUCAACCUCACCAUCAGAAAUCCCAACAAAAGGCUCGGCAUCAGCUACCGUCGCAUCCGAGUCAUUGGUAACUACCAAAAGAAGAGGUUUGCCCUCGUGACUUUGCCUAAUACUACAGUACCGUUUUACCAAGGCCACAAGAACACCACCUUUUUGAGUGACAUAAUUGUUCAAGGGCAGCAGGUGGUGAAGUUUGGGAAAAAGGAGAUUUCCGAGUUUAACAAGGAGACUGCCGCUGGUAUUUACAGUAUUGAUGCAGUGCUCGCUCUUCGGGUGAAGCUCAGGUUGGGCACGAUAAAGUUUCACAACUAUGGCCCGGAAAAUAUCCACUGCAAGCUGAAACUUCCUUUAAGUACUAGAAAUAGUACUUUAAAUCAAACAUCCGUGAGUAGCAGUUUCAAUGUUACAAAUUGUGGGCAUGUUUCUGUGGUUACUGGUUUUUUCUUGUCUUGGUUUUCAUGAAUGUUAUGAACCUCUAUCUUGUACCUCUAUCUUCUUGUUAAUUGUCUUUUUUUUUUAAGGUGUCAUAUGGAAGACUGAUUCUUCGAUCUGUAACCAAAGAAACAAAAGGAAGUAAAAAAAAACAAAAAAAGCUAUUUCUAAA